GCCUUAUUACAAGGAAGUCUAGUUCCAUCUGUACUGAAGGUAAAUAUAAUAUAUGAGAAUGUAGAGGUCUUGCAUGGAAGUGAGGAUAGAGAGCAAAGCCAUUUUUUUCUACUACAGAAGCAUGUAACAUUGAAUAAUAUGGAUGAAUUACAUGGGAAUGGGCUCAACAAUAGCAAGCAGUGCACACUGAAGGAACAGGGGAAAAAUGAUUCUACUCUGCAGACAUCUCAAGUGGAAAGAAUGAACAAUGGGAAAGGUGCAGAAAUAGAAUCUCAAGUUCAUCCAUAUAAAGUUGAACCUCAAUCCAGAUUAAUACUUCAGAACAUAAGUAGAAAAGGGAUUAAAGCUUCUACUCAAAUAUUUCAAGGCAAUAAAGUUGAUUACUUUGCAGUAACUAAGGAAGGAAAUUAUCUAUCUCCGAAAGGUAGUUCCUUCACAGCGAGAGAGGGUUCUUACAUGAAAAACUCAAGUUACUUCUCUCUACAGGAUGUGGUAUCAGAUGAUUGA